CUCAUUCCCAAUAUUCGACACUCACUAACACAAUUGUACCGCUACACAAUCUAUACUGCGGGAUCAAUACUAUUUAAACCAGCCAAUACUGCUAGAUUAUUAGGUAUAUACCGGUAUUUAUCUAUAACUAUUAAACGCCGACAUCUCUUGAAACCUCCAACCACAUAUCCUGUGCCUUCGCCCUCUAUCUACUACGGUUUUCUGUCGCCGAUACCUCUUGCCGUAUGUUAUUAUCUGACUAUAGCCCCCUCGCCAAUAGUAUCCGACAUAGUCAUAGUCGACAUUAUAAAGUUGCAUCUCUUUGUAAAUGCCAACUGUUGAGAUUUAUAGCAAUCGCCAACUCCGUAAUUUACCGUCCUAUAAAUCUCAACUAGCCAUAUUGUCCGAUAGAGCCAACACUCCUAUUCAUACGCAGCCGCACCUGGUAUCUAUACAAGAUGCCGAAACGUGGCCGCAAGGGCCGUGUUGCGCCCAUUAAAGGCAGAUGGGAUAUCUUGCCGCAUGGUAUGGGCGUUUCCCUAACAGCUGGAAGUGAAGAAAUACAGUUUAAUAUUCCAACACCACCUAUUGCCGAGUCACUGUCUUCGACAGAGCCCCGUUCAGUCGGUCAAAGGCUUUCUUCUAUAGAUUCAACACAGACAACUGUAGCCAUAACUCCCGAAAAAGUCAUAUCAGGAGCAACGGAAAACCCCUCCUUGGCAACUCAAUCUACUCAGCUUGAUAUUACCGAAGAUGAUACCAUGCCCCAGAGUACUAGACGUAAGAUCGUUAUCAAAAUCAAAGUUCCAAAACAAGCAGAUAUAGACGAAGUCCUAGAGUCUAAUGGAGAUCUUGCCCCUGAGCCAAAGACGUCGGACGAAAAGCGUAAGACUGAGAAUACUGAGACGGAUCUCGUACAAAAGACAGGGCGGCAGUUACGGCCAAGGAAGCCAAAGCUGGCACCUGGAGUGUCUAAAAUAGAUGUGGAUAGCCAUGAUUCUGCCGUGGUGGAACCAAUCGCUGGUGGGCAAAGCGAUAAGGGAGCACCAAACAAACGAAAGCGAGGACCUGAGCCUAGCCCUAUAACGGCCGAUGAAGGGUUGGAUCCCGACACACCUUUGCCUAAGCUAAAGAAGGUGAAAAGUCAGAUCGUAGAAACAGGCGAGGGCUAUUUGAAAAGUAUAGCCAAGAAAACAAAGGACAACCAAUACGGUCUGAUGCCACCGGGCGAGAGCCCCUUUCCCCAGUGGCUAGCGCCAAGUGCUGAACAAUGUGAAGAAGUUCACAAUCUUCUCACAAAGAUGCAUGGCGAGGUCAAGGCACCCAAAGCUAUCUCCGCCCCCUCCCUUGAAGUAAUGGGUUGUGGCGAGGUCCCUUCUGUGCUGGAUGGGCUACUCAGAACUCUUUUGAGUGGCGCUACAAGAAUAGAGCAUAUAGAUAUAACGUUGAUACCGCUGGCCGAGAAAUAUGGUGUAUCAAAGGAGGGGGUCGGAAAAGAAAGCAUCAACUGGAAUAAUGUCAGGCUGGGAUCUUACAAGGAUUUGGUUGAUGCUAUACACUCUGGAGGACUGGCAAAUAUCAAAGCUAAGCAUAUUAAGGCCAUCCUCGAUAUGGUAUACCAGGAGAAUGCUGAACGACGCAAAGCCUGCCUUCAAAUCAAAGUUGAUACACUUGCAGGGAAGGAUGCUAAUGAGCAGAAGGACGCCAAGAUCCAGGGAACAGAUCAAGAUGAUCUCUCCCUUGAACACCUUCGUGGAUUAUCAAAGCAUGAGAUCCUAAAAGAACUCACGAAAUAUCCCGGGAUUGGUGUCAAGACUGCGGCAUGCGUCAUUCUUUUUUGCUUUCAAAUACCUUGUAUCGCUGUCGACACACAUGUCUACCGAUUUUCCAAGUGGCUUGGAUGGGUACCGAAAAAUGCCAAUGUGACCGAUGUUUUCAGUCAUCUCGAAGUCCAUUGUCCGGACCAUCUUAAGUAUGGCUUGCACCAGCUAUUCAUCCGGCACGGCCAACGUUGUGGCAAGUGUAGUUCAAGCACUGCCGAAGGGACAGCGGAUUGGGAAAUGCUUCCCGAGUGCCCUUUGGAGAGUCUUCUUGAUCGCUACGACAAGAAGCAGUCGAAGGCUAAGUCGAAACCGGCUAAGAAAGGUAAACAGAAGGACGAAGAACAAGACGAAAAACAAGACGAAAAACGAGACGAAGAAAAGCAGGAAGGGCCUAUGGACGAGCCCUAACCUCGCAAGAUAUGGGGGAGAAAAGAUUGUAAAGCCUCCGACUUCCUAUACUCAGUUCGGCUUACCAAUGCUUCUGCGUAACGGUUCGCGAUCGACGUGCCCGCCACACCCACCUUGGUUGCACUCUUACCAGUUCCGUCAAUAGCACCCACACGGCCUCUGUCUCCUGUACUAGCUUUUGCUUUCCCUGACAAAUUGGUAUGUCCCGUACACUAGAGAUGCAGGAGUUUUUACGUACAUGCCUAACAGUACAUACAUACAAUCACGUAUAUACAAUCUGCGCCUUUCUUGGAAAUAUCUGAAACCCAAAGCAAAAGCCCAUCCCUUUUAACCUCCUUUGAUGCAAAAAGAGAGGUAUGCAGUCAUAACAUUGAAGCUCUGGGGGUGAAUACCAG